AUGCUUCGCAAGGCAGUCGGUCUGCUACUUGCGGCGUCGUUUGUGACCGCGUUUCGCCUUGAACCUGGGGUUCAGCAUGCAUUCUCGACACAUGUAGGUUCUAGCGGUCACACGGGAGGGGCUACCCCGGAUGUUGUGGGCCAACCCAAUCUCGCAACGCGUCUGGAAAUGACCUCAGAUCCGAACGCGACGUUGUUCUGCGCCCGCAAAGGGGACAAGUCGACCGCUGGAUACGCUCACUUCACCAAUGCCAAUGGCGAAGAAGACAAGCAUAUGUUCUGGUGGUGGUUUCACGCACGCAAGGACCCAGAGAAUGCCCCUGUGGUCCUGAUUUUUGGCGGUGGCCCUGGCAGCUCUGGGAUGUUCAUGCCGUUCAGUGGCGCCGGACCCUGCCGUGUCACUGCAGGCGAGGACGGGGCCGGGGCUGCUGUUCCUGCAGAGUACUCCUGGACCGACGAGGUGAAUGUACUUGCCAUCGGUCAUCCAGUGGGAGUGGGCCACUCAUAUGGGACUUCCAGCUCCUUGAGAAACAGUAGCGAGAGAGCUGCUUGGGAUGUCGAUGACUUUCUACAAGCCUUCUGGGUCAAAUAUCCUAGCCUCACAAAGGGUCUAUUCAUGAUUCAGUCGGCAUCGUAUGGCGGGACAUACAUUCCGAAUAUCGUGAACGUCAUCCACUCCCGGAAUCUCGCAGCAGCAGAGAUCAGUACAAGCGCUCGUGUGGUCAAGUCGCCUGAUGCUGCGAGUCCAGUCCCUUCACUUCAUGAUGCGGAAAUGUCAAUUGAACGAUUUUCAUUGCAGACGUGCGAUGUUGCCGUCGGUGCGAUCUACGCUGCAGGGCUGACGGGACGGAAUCCGUACCAUGCAACGCAGGCCUGCAAUAUCGGGGAGGUAUACGACUGUUUUCCCGAGAUGGGCCGGCUCAACGAUGUCAUGCACUCGGACAAGAUUCGCAGCUACAUCAAAGUUCCUGACGAAGUGCACUUCGUCUAUACCUCCGAAGACACAUUCCAUCGAUUCUACACGAAUGGUGAUAUGGCUCAGCCGGCGUACCAACUUCUGACGCCCGCCAUUAACGCUGGUCUGCGUGUCUUGGUAUACAACGGAAACACGGAUGGUGUCUGCAGCUGGCGGAGCAACGUAUCCUGGAUGAGACUGCUCAAGACUACCCAUCAGGCGGCCUUCCGCACCGCUCCAGACAUCGCCUGGCCCGGUGUCGGCUGGCUGCGCCAAAUGAUGCCGGUCACUUCGUCGAGUGAGGACGCCUUUAGGGAGAUUCUCGUCAAGUGGCUGCGCAACGAAACAUUUGUAGAUACCGAUGCGGACUCGCUCUGA